UUGGACAAUUCCAUUUAUCAUAUUGAGGAUGGCGCGCUCGCAACCAUAAGGCGAUAUGACAUUGGCAUGGAAACAGCUGAAUCAAGUUUCAGGUAUCCAAUCGAUCCCUAUGAUCGUUACUGGAAUCCAUUGCUAUUUGAUAGUUGGACUCCAAUCACCACCGACUCAACCAUUUACAGCCAAGGCAAUGAUAACGCAUGUAAAUUACCAGCCAAGGUGUUGAGGACUGCUGCCAAAACACCAAACGCUAGCAUUCCAUUAACCUUAUUCUGGUCUCCUCCAGAUUCUCUUUCUAAAUGUUAUGUUUACUUUCACUUCGCUGAGAUUGAGAAGCUUGGAGCGGGCCAGCAGAGGGAAUUGACGAUCAAUUUGAACGGUGAGCGCGACCUGACAGAAUCCAUUAAACUUGAUUAUCUAAAGCCACUCACCAUAGUCCAAGAUGAUCCACCAAUUAGUGGCGGCCGGCUAUAUUUUUCAAUAAAUGCAGCUGAGGGAACUAAGUUUCCUCCAAUCCUCAACGCCGUUGAGAUUUUUGUGUUAAAAAAGCUUCCAAAUAAAACAACGGCCAUUAAUGAUGUUGAAGCUAUCAUGCAAAUCAAGGAACAGUACUCUGUGAUUAGAAACUGGCAAGGCGAUCCCUGCGUCCCAAUUGAAUACUCAUGGGAUGGUUUGAACUGCAGUAACGACAAUCCUCCAAGGAUCAUUUCAUUAAACUUGAGCUCAAGCAAAUUGGCAGGGGAGAUUGCAACUUCAUUCUCUAAUGUCAAAGCACUGCAAUCCUUGGAUUUGUCAUAUAAUGAUUUAACUGGGCCAUUUCCAGAUGUUUUAGCACAACUACCGUAUUUGAACACCCUUGAUUUAAGUGGCAACAAGCUCAAAGGUUCAAUUCCUGAGGCUCUUGUGCAAAAGUCUAGGGAUGGAAAAUUUGUCCUGAGAGUCGGCGACAAUCCAGAUCUUUGUCUGUUAGCUCCAUGCAAAAGAAAGAAGAAAAAGGAGUUUGCUAUUCCUGUUGUUGCAUCGUCUAUAGCAGUCCUGAUUCUUCUGUUCAUCUUAAGUGCUCUCGCUAUAUAUAGAAGGAAAAUAAAAGGAGUUUCCAAAUCGAACAUCAAAUCAAAGAACCGACGCUAUAGCUACUCUGAAGUUGUGAGUAUAACUAAUAACUUCAAAACCAUCAUUGGAAGAGGAGGAUUUGGAAGCGUGUACCUUGGCACACUGAAAGAUGAUACUCAAGUUGCUGUUAAGUUGCUCUCUCCUUCAUCAAACCAAGGGUAUAAGGAAUUUCAAGCGGAGGCACAACUCUUAAUGGUAGUUUAUCAUAGAAACUUGGUUUCUCUUGUUGGAUACUGUGAUGCGGGUGAAAGCAAAGCGCUCAUAUAUGAGUACAUGGCUAAUGGCAAUCUGCAACAGCAAUUAUCAGUUACCAACAAAUGCGUCUUAAAAUGGAAUGAGAGACUUUAUAUCGCAGUGGAUGCAGCACAUGGGUUGGAGUAUCUACAUAAUGGUUGUAAGCCACCUAUAAUCCACAGAGAUAUGAAAACUUCCAACAUUUUAUUAAAUGAACACAUGCAAGCGAAGAUAGCUGAUUUUGGGUUGUCUAGAGCGUUUGCGAACGAAAGUGACUCUCAUGUGUCAACCCGUCCAGCUGGCACAUUAGGGUACCUCGAUCCUGAAUUUCAAGCAUCUGGAAACUACAAUACAAAAAGCGAUGUCUAUAGUUUUGGGAUAAUUUUGUUAGAGCUGAUCACUGGCCAACCUGCAAUAAUAAGAGGCCCUGUGAAAAACAAUCACAUAUUUGAUUGGAUUAAUCCUCUGAUUGAAAGGGGGGAUAUUCAAAACAUUGUAGAUCCAAGGUUAGAUGGAGAAUUCAACACCAAUUCUGCCUGGAAAGCAAUGGAGAUAGCCAUGUCAUGCAUAGCACCAGUUGCAAUCCAAAGGCCAGACAUGAGCAACGUAUUGGCAGAACUAAAGGAAUGUUUGGCUCAGGAAAGAAGUCGAACGAUUGCAAAUAAAGGCAUAACUUCAAGAAUUCUUCUCAAAAGAACCCCUUCAGAGCUUGAAUCAGAAAUUGCUCCCCAUGCUAGAUAGUUAUCAAACAAAUUGUUGUCAAGAAUUGCUUCUAUGCAAUAUGACAAAGUUAGUUUGUACUAUAUCAAUCUUUUUCAAAAACUUAUUACAUGCUCAUUUCAUGUUUGGAUUUCUGUUUCUGCUAAGGAUCUGUUUACUUCGAUGUAAAAUGGUUUCCAGAAAAUUAUUUUUGCA